AAAUGUUUUUAGAUGGUUUUAGUCUUGAAGUUCUAGUAAACUCUUCAACGCUCCAAGAAUAUCGCGAGCCAGUUUAUAAUUAUAAAUCUUCUACAGGUUCCUCAUAUGUGCAUCUAUCGAAGAAGUUCGAAAGAAUAAACAAUAGCCCUGAUAAUAUUUAUGUUGCUGUGCCUGAAAUAGGAUCUCGCUUUUCGUUGAGAUUCGGGGCAACCAUCGCAACACUUGCAAACCCGAUUGUCGUCGAGAUCUUUGUGGACGGAAAUCACGAUUUCACCUAUGACUGUUUAGUUGCUCCAGCUCAAGCAGAAAGGGAUGGAUUUUGGAAUGCAACUCGUGACAAAAAAGCUUACUUCAAAUUCUCGAAAACUCUGUGGACCAAUGACGAAAUUGAUAAAAUCAACAGCAGCAACUCAAUUGACAACAACUAUACAAAUAAUCUUCCGAGAAAAGGUGGGAUUGGUGCGAUCACAUUGUUCUUCUAUCUUGCUAGACGUACCCGAAUCAAGAACGAAGCCCCUUUCAAAUUCACUUUGGAAAAAGUCGCCAUAACCGAGUCCAAAGAAAAUAAAGGAAUCGAAUUUUCCACCGAAUUUGAAGAGAGAUCAGAAUCACCACCUCCAGAUAUCAAAGAUGGAAAGUGUACAAUGAAACCUGUGGAUAAUAGUCCCAUUGCUGUUCUGAAUAUUCAUUAUCGUCCGAUGAACUGGCUAAUUGCUCGUGGAAUAAUUGAGCCUGGAAUUUAUCCUAAUAUUUUUACUGACAAUGUCGAUUUUAAAGAUUUUCGACCAUUACCAUCAAUAAAGAAAGAUGAUACUGUGAAUGACGUAAAACUAGAGGAUGACGUUGUAUUUGUCACGAAUUCAAAUAAUUUGACAGUUCCGAAUAAGAAGGUAAAACAAAAAUAUCAGGAAACUAUCGUCAUAUUGGACUCGGACGAUGAAUAA